AUGGAGACUACAUAUCCAGUCUCUUAUUUAAGCUGGAACGACAGCGGUCCCGCAUCUAUCGUUCUAAUCCACGGCGCUUUCGUGACUGGCAGUUGGUGGGACCUCGUGGUCCCCCAUCUCUCAACCAAAUAUCACGUUUUGGCCCCCGACCUGCCGGGCCACGGCCAAUCGUCCCAACAAGAAUUUUCAAUUCAGUCUUCUGUGGAUUCGGUAGCACAACUUAUUCGCGACAAAGCGAUUCACUCCCACGCACACGUUAUAGGACACAGCCUAGGCGCUCGAGUGGCCAUUCAGCUCGCAUCUGCCUAUCCUGACCUAGUGCAAUCGGUAUUUGUAUCAGGGUUCGGGUCAAUUCCUCGCACAGUCUUCACGCCUUAUAUCCCGCCUGCGAUAUGGGCAAUGCAGCGCGUGGAAAACAUGAUACCCCGGUCAUUAAUUCGAUGGGCUAUGGACGGUACCGACAUUCCUCCCACAAGCUUAAGCACGCUCACGCUUUGUCGACAAAUCAUGACACCUUCGCCUGAAUUGCAAUGGCCGUCGCCUUGGGCUGCGAGAACCUUGAUUGUGGUCGCCGCAAAGGGAGGACUGGUGCCUAGUGCCGAUAAUAAGGAAAUUGCCCUGCGGUUAAUGAAGACCGCUCGCGAGAGCAAUCCUGAGACGAUCGCUUAUGUCCAUCCGGAAAUGCGACAUCCGUGGAAUCGACAAAAGCCGCAGCUCUUUGCGGAUACCGCUAUAGCUUGGAUUGAAGAGGGGAAUAUGCCCGAUGGUUUUGAAAAGCUGUAG